AUGCUCGGGCCAGCGCCCGGGCCCGUGGGCCCGAGGCAUCGGUGUCGCGCAGUUUUCUCAGAGACUUUGGUGGCGGUGGCGGCGGCGGCGGUGGCAGCGGUGGCGGCCGCUGCUACGCCAUGGUCCCGCUGUAGCCUCACGCCACCUUCUUGCAAGGCUCCGCCGAGGCAGAAAUGUCGCCGCCUAUGUGGCGGCAGCUCAGCUUCAGCUUGUUGCUAGGCUCCUUCUGCAUUGCCCUGGAGUCCGCAGCGCAAGGCAACUCCACUACAGAUGCUCUGAAUGUCCUUCUGAUCAUUGUGGAUGAUCUCCGCCCCUCCCUGGGCUGUUAUGGAGAUAAGCUAGUGAGAUCCCCAAACAUUGACCAGCUGGCAUCCCAUAGCAUUCUCUUUCAGAAUGCCUUUGCUCAGCAAGCAGUGUGCGCACCAAGUCGAGUGUCCUUCUUCACUGGGAGGAGGCCUGACACCACCCGCCUGUAUGACUUCAAUUCCUACUGGAGGGUACAUUCUGGAAAUUUUUCCACCAUCCCCCAAUACUUCAAGGAGAAUGGCUACGUGACCAUGUCGGUUGGGAAAGUCUUUCACCCUGGUAUAUCUUCCAAUCACAGCGAUGAUUAUCCAUAUAGCUGGUCUUUUCCACCUUAUCAUCCAUCCUCAGAGAAAUAUGAAAACACUAAGACGUGUAAGGGACAAGAUGGAAAACUCCAUGCCAAUCUGCUUUGUCCUGUGGAUGUGGCAGAUGUGCCUGAAGGUACCUUGCCUGACAAACAGAGCACAGAAGCUGCCAUUGGAUUGUUGGAAAAGAUGAAAACAUCAGUCAGUCCUUUCUUCCUGGCAGUUGGGUAUCACAAGCCACACAUCCCAUUCAGAUACCCCAAGGAAUUUCAGAAGUUAUAUCCCUUGGAAAACAUAGCCCUGGCUCCUGAUCCCCAUGUUCCUGAUAGCCUACCACCUGUAGCCUACAACCCCUGGAUGGAUAUCAGGGAGAGGGAAGAUGUCCAAGCCUUAAAUAUCAGUGUUCCGUAUGGACCAAUUCCUGAGGAUUUUCAGCGGAAAAUCCGCCAGAGCUACUUUGCUUCUGUGUCCUAUUUGGAUACUCAGGUUGGACAUCUUUUGAGUGCUUUGGAUGAUCUUCGUCUAGCCCACAACACGAUUAUUGCUUUCACAUCUGAUCAUGGAUGGGCCCUAGGUGAACACGGAGAAUGGGCCAAAUACAGCAACUUUGAUGUCACUACCCGUGUACCCCUGAUGUUCUAUGUUCCUGGAAGGACAGCCCCACUCCCUGCAGCAGGCGAGAAGCUCUUUCCUUACCAGGACCCUUUUGAUCCUCCCUCAGAUUUGAUGGAUGCAGGCAGGCACACUGAAGAUCUCGUAGAACUUGUAUCUCUCUUCCCCACGCUCGCUGGACUUGCAGGACUGCCAGUUCCUCCUCGGUGCCCCAGCCCUUCUUUUCAUGUUGAGCUUUGCAGAGAAGGCCAGAAUCUACAGAAGCAUUUGCAGCUCCAUGACUUGGAAGAGGAUCCAUACUUGUUUGGUAAUCCCCGGGAGUUGAUUGCCUAUAGCCAGUACCCCAGGCCUGCAGAUUUCCCUCAGUGGAAUUCUGACAAGCCAAGCUUAAAAGAUAUAAAGGUCAUGGGAUACUCCAUACGCACGAUAGACUAUAGGUACACUGUGUGGGUUGGCUUCGAUCCUAGUGAAUUUCUGGCUAACUUUUCUAAUAUCCAUGCUGGGGAACUGUAUUUUGUUGAUUCUGACCCACUACAGGAUCACAAUGUAUAUAAUGACUCCCAGCAUGGAGGUCUUGUCCACUCACUGAGGCCUUGAGUUCUACCAGCCUCAGUGGGCACAUAUGUGUCCUAUUCCCCUUCUGGAUGGUGAAAGGAGGCAUUCAACAUGGCUAUCUUUUCCUACCCAUUGGAUUAGAUAUAACCUGAGUGGGAAACAAUGAAAACAUGCAUCAGCAAUAUGGUCUAGGACUAGGUGGCAGAUGGCCCUUUGUAUGUAGUCCUUCUUAAGUUAGAAUUCGCCAUUGGAUUUGGGCUAAGCUGAAACUUUCAUUUUAAAAGCUCCCAUAGCUUCGUUACUACACAAAUACAAAGUGAACUAAGGUGUAAUCAUAUCUUUAUAUCUAAAGACCAUGCUAGCCAGACAUAAUACUGUACUCAAGAAAUCAUUUGCUUGUUGAAUUUAGUGCAUUUCAGAUAGUAACCAUAUGUCUUAAGUAGCCCAGUGUGUCAAGCAUGUUAACAUGGGAUUCAUUUCUUUCUCAAAUGUGAAAUUCAAGAUGCUUCUAGAAUUAUUGCUUAGUUUCUAAGACUACAGAUUUCAGAAUCAAAGGUAAAAUAACCAUAUGAUGAUCAAUGUGGUGUUUCUUCAUUAAGUAAUAAAUAAUGCUUAGUAAAGUAUAGUUAAAGUUAGGAAAUUCAGUUAACUAUUUCAAUACUCUGGCCCAAAUAAUAAUUUGUUAGUAAAUACUACAACUCUUGAACUAAGUGGCUAUCUGUUAAAAAUUCUGUUAUUAACAAUGAAAAGCAUUUCAAAUGGAACUAUUGCCAUGAUUUGAAUCAUUCAAAAUUUUAUUCAUAUUCCUAUUUAGAGAACUGCAGAUAUCCAUGUAUCCUGGAGGCAGGAGGUAUUCUACUUUUUGCUAAAAACAACCUAUGUUUAUGAAAUGUAAAUUAUCUCGAGGGUUUUGGAUACUUUUUAUUAAUAGGGUAUAAGUAAUUUUCAGAAUGUAGUUCUGUGUUCUCUAAAUACGAACGUAACUAGAAUAUGGGCAUGUAGUAAGGAUAAGGUUAUUUCAUUACUGUCAUUUCAUUACUGUCACCAAAGAGAAGUCCUUUCUCUAACAUGGUGAAAACUGUUCAGUUACCAGGAGUCAACAGCUUUCUAAAUAAACAUUCUAUAUAUUUUGUUUUGUAUUUAAAUGAGUAAUUUCAAUAAUUUUCUUAAAAAUGGCUCAGUGUCUCAAGAUGAAUGUUUUUAAAACAAAACUAUAGCAAAUAGCUAAUUAGAUUAAGUUACUGUCAUGUAUUAAAUUGUAACCAAAAAGUCAAGAUACUACUUUGAAGUCUGUAAAAUUUCAAAGACAGAUUGUUGAUUUUACUAGUUGGCCUAUAGUAGAGUAGAUUUGUCUGUUGUCUAGAAACUGAUUUUUGCGGAUGCUUUGCUUCCAUCUUUCCUUUUUCUUGAUCUUUCUUGCUCUCCUGAUGUCUACUCAGUGUCCUUUUACAAUUUAGUUUAGAAACUCCUCACAGCAUGUUUUCAUUUUGUUUACCUUCAUCUCCUACUUCAUAGAGGGACAGAUUUUGACACAAGUGUUUAUUUGACAUCUAUUUAUUGUUCCUGUUUGGCCAUAAUAUAUAUUUUAUUUUUUUAAAUCUCCCAAAGUAGAGUUUUAGUUUUAAACCCCUCUGAAUUCUGCUUCCAGUGAAGUCAUAAGCCCAUUGGUGGCCACAAGACAUAUGUGACUAUUUAAAUUUAAAUUCGUUAACACAAAAUAACAUUUUUAAAAAAUUCUGUUUUAAUUUGCACUUAGAACCUUCCCAUCAUAGCAGACUGGAUGGAGAUGCCCUGGAUUCGAUCUAGAUGUGUUCACCCUGACUUGCAGGUUCCUACUGUCCCACAAUGAGCAAACUAUAUUUGGUUUAGGCAUAGAGUAGGGAGUUUGCUGUGGCCAUCAGCUUCUUCCUUCCACUCUCAUCACCAUUGCCUCUGUCCUUCUUUCUUUCCUUCCCAAGAAAUUUCCUUCCCCUCCUUUUCCCUCCCCUGUUCCUUAAAGAAUCCAUGUGUCUUCCUAAAAUCCCUCUUGACCCCUGCCCUUUAAGAACACCGUCAGUGCCUACUAAGGGUCUAGAAAGACCUCCGUUGAGCAGUCAGAGUCUUCCCUGGCUCCACAAUACCCCUUUCCUUGGCUGACUCUCCUUGCCAAUCCUUACCUCCCUGGUCCUUCAAGCCUUUGUCCCUUCUUCUUUGCUCUAACCCCUUCACAGCCAUUCUUCAUAGCCUGGCUCCCCUACCCUCCCCUGCUUAGAAGCAGAGGCUGUCAGGGCUCUCUAAAGUGUAUUAUGGGGAAAUUAACACGUCUUAAAAAUCUGUUAUUUGCUUCAUUUUAUAUGUUAAUUAUACAAAAAUUGGAAAGCAGAAAUGCAUUUUAAAAGGCAAGAAAAUGUUUGAGUACUUUAUACUAAGAUUGCCAUAGCUUGUUCUUUUUCGGGUAUGAAUGUUUUACAUUUCUUGAUCCUCUGUGUUUUUUAUAAUACAACUUGUGCUCUUACUUUCUCUCUGAACAUUAUGUAUGGUUGGUUACUAGUGAAUUUUGCAGGUAUUUUAUAUUGCUGGUAAUAUGUGUUAUUGCGUAGAUUUAUUGUAAUUUUCUCAGCCUUCUUUCAGUUGUUAGAAAUUUAGGUUAUUGUAAUCCCAGCAUUUGGGAGACAGAGGCAGGCGGAUUUCUGAGUUUGAUGCCAGCCUGGUCUACAGAGUGAG